AUGACCAUGUUCAUUUAUGGCUGUAAGAGAGGUCCUCUAAGCUCUUUCCUCGCGCUUGGCAAUUGCUUCUCAUGGUACCAUAGCGCCAAAAACCAUGACACCGUGCUCGACUUCGAGAACAAAGCGAUGGCAGCUAUGAGAGACGAUAAUGUUGAGGGAGACGGGGAUGAUUAUGCAAAUUGCUGUUGA